UCAAAACAGUGAAAAAACUUACUGAUUGGCACACAGCUUUAAAUAAACUUGACAGUAAAGAAAAUUGAUAGGUUACGGUGGUUCUGGUAGGACAUGUAGGCAAUACUAAAUAUUAUACACACUGGUAUAUUGGUUUAUUAUCGAUAUGUUGUUUGGUUCGUCUUUAUUCGUAUUCUGGACAGUUAGUUUUAAAGUGGCAUUGGUUAUUGGCUGUUAUCAAGAAAGUAAUGUUCACUGUAAAAGCGGUUUUUAUACAUUUUACAUUGAAGUUCCACUACAGAAUCGAAUAAAUUAAUUCGCGUUAUCAUAAGCUAAAAUAUAAUCGACUGAAAGUAUAAAGCUAUUUUGAUACUCGUGUAGUCAAGUUGCAAUAUAUAUAGCGAUAUCGCAAUUGUUAUCUAAUUGUGGUUUUUGGCUGAUAUAUCAAUAGUUUUUAUACUAUUCAUAUUAUUAUCAUCUUUUCAACCGUUUGGUAAAGUUCGUACGAAAUUUUACAAAGGCUUAAUAUAAAUCGCAACUGCUUAACGUGUGCUAUAAAUAAAGAAUAUUUAGAUAUGGCUGCAAUACAGGCAAGUGUCAAACUGCUUUCGCCCACUGUGAAUGUUUGCUCAUCAAACAUGUUGUCCAUAAAAUCUACAUCGGUAUCAUCAACAACAACUAUGAUGUCCGCGCCCGUAUCUACAAAUGUUAAUAUAUUAUCUGCACCUUCUAGAGGAUCUUCUCAGCUAGCCUUCAAUAGUCUAGUUUCAGUAGAGCGAUCACAGCAACAUGAUGCAGAUGGAGAUCAGCGAACAUUACAACUCGCUUGGAGGUUAUCAGUCGGUGGUGCAAAUGAAUCGGCUACAGAACAACUAUCUUUAAGUACUAUUAACAACCGUAAAAAAUCCAACAAUGCAAUUAAUCAACACGAACUAGCUCACCGACAAGUAAUUGCAAACUCGCCGCAGGAACUGCUGAAUCAAAAAGUUGAUAUAGGUAUAGAUAAAAGUAUUCUGCCUACUGUUUCAGCUGCUACUACCAAUGGUUUUAGUCAAAAUAAUAUAAAUGGUUUAACUAGUAGAAAUAGUAGUAUAUCAUUUAAUAAUUUUUCGAUGCCUACACUACUAUUACCAACUACAAUGGAAGAUCGUUCUAAGAGAUCCCAAAAUAUGACGGAAUGUGUGCCAGUGCCCAGCUCCGAACACGUUGCCGAAAUAGUAGGACGUCAAGUAUCUUCCAGAUUUGAGACAUAAUUAUACUAAUCAUGAAUGGCUACGAGAGCGACAAAUUUAGCUUGCGAAAAUUUAGAUGUUGAUGCUGCUUAAAUGAGAUAA